UGAAGCUGAUGGGGGUGUCAUCAGAUGCCAAGGAAGAUAUGGAUUUAGAUGAUGACGAAUUUCUUGACUCAAGUAGCAUCCAUGAUUUGGAUGAAGAGUUUCUUAGUAGUUUUUGUAAGAAGGCAGCAAUGUCAUUCUUUAACGAGUAUGGUCUGAUCAGUCAUCAGAUCAACUCGUAUAACGAUUUCAUAAAAAAUAACCUCCAGAAGAUCAUUGAUUCUUUUGGUGAGAUGGUAGUUGAGCCUGGCUAUGAUCCAUCAAAGAAAGGAGAGAGUGAGUGGCGAUAUGCUUCGGUUAGGUUUGGGAAGGUCGAUCUUGAAAAGCCAAACUUCUGGGGUAGUGAGAGUGGUGAUGGAAAUGGGAAGGAGUACGAUAUGCUUCCUAGGCAUGCCCGGCUUCAGAACAUGACAUACUCAUCAAAGAUGAAAGUGAAUAUUCGUGUUCAGGUUUAUACUCAAAAACUUGUAAGAAGUGACAAGUUUAAAACUGGAAAAGAUCAAUAUAUUGACAGGAGUAUUGUAAGUGAAGAUAAUAGGGAUAUCAUAAUCGGGAGGAUCCCUGUUAUGGUGAAGUCUGACCUGUGCUGGAUGAAAGAAGCUGAGAAAGGUGAUUGUGAUUUCGAUCAUGGAGGUUAUUUUUUAAUUAAGGGUGCAGAGAAGAUAUUUAUUGCACAAGAGCAGAUCAGUUUGAAGAGGCUUUGGAUUUUGAAUGUUCAAGGUUGGACAGUUUCAUACAAGUCAGAAAUGAAGAAGAAUAGGUUAAUCAUGAAGCUAGUGGAGGUUUCUAAAGUUGAGGAUAUCAAAGGAGGAGAAAAAGUUCUUACUGUAUAUUUUUUGUCAACAGAGAUCCCUGUAUGGAUAUUAUUUUUCGCUCUUGGUGUGUCAUCAGACAGAGAAGUUAUUGAUCUGAUAGAUUAUGACAGUGAAGAUGCCAGCAUAUCAAAUAUACUAUUUGCAUCAAUUCAUGAUGCUGAUGAGAGAUGUGAGGGCUUUCGUAUUGGGAAGAAAGCUUUAAAUUUUGUGGAUAAACUUGUAAAGGGUACCAAAUUUCCUCCUGGGGAAUCUAUUGAAGAGUGCAUUAGCAAGUAUCUGUUUCCCAGUCUCAAUGUUCCAAAGCUGAAGGCAAGUUUUCUUGGGUAUAUGGUGAAGUGCCUCUUACAGGCUUACUCUGGCCGCAGAAAAUGCGAUAACAGGGAUGAUUUUAGAAACAAGAGGUUUGACUUGGCUGGUGAGCUGCUUGAGCGAGAGUUGAAAGUGCAUCUUGCACAUGCACGGAGGCGCAUGGCAAAGGUUCUGCAGAGAGACCUUUAUGGAGAUCGUGUUGUGCGUCCAAUUGAACACUAUAUGGAUGCUUCCAUAAUAACCAAUGGUCUUACGAGGGCCUUCUCAACGGGCGCAUGGUCGCAUCCUUUCAAGAGGAUGGAAAGGAUUUCAGGUGUAGUGGCAACGCUAGGGCGAACAAAUCCAUUGCAGACAAUGGCUGAAAUGAGGAGGACACGCCAGCAGGUUCAGUAUGCUGGGAAGGUUGGAGAUGCCAGAUACCCACAUCCUUCUCACUGGGGAAGGGUAUGUUUUCUCUCUACUCCGGAUGGUGAAAAUUGUGGGCUGGUAAAAAAUUUGGCUAUUACUGGCCUAGUAAGCACAAACAUAUUGGAGCCUGUAAGUUCCAAAUUCUUCGAUUGUGGGAUGGAGGAAUUGGUGGAUGAUGCCUCAUUACGUGGAAAGUAUAAAGUGUUUUUGAAUGGAGAGUGGAUAGGAGUUUGUAAAGAUUCCAUUUCAUUUGUUGCAGAGGUCAGAAACAAGAGACGCAGGAAGCAGUUGUCACAUGAGUUGGAAAUCAAAAGAGAUGAAAAACAUGAAGAAGUACGCAUGUUUUCUGAUGCUGGAAGGAUUCUACGUCCUCUUUUAGUUGUUGAGAAUUUGAACAAGAUAAAAGGGUAUAAAGCUGAAAAUUACACAUUUGAAUCUCUUUUGCACAAGGGAAUAGUUGAGCUAAUUGGAACUGAAGAAGAAGAAGACUGUCGUACUGCAUGGGGCAUUAAAUAUCUGUUCAUGGAAAAAGAGGGAAAUUCACCUACUAAGUAUACCCACUGCGAACUUGACAUGUCAUUUUUAUUAGGUUUGAGCUGUGGAAUUAUCCCAUUUGCAAAUCAUGACCAUGCAAGGAGGGUCCUUUACCAGUCUCAGAAGCACUCUUCACAAGCUAUUGGGUUUUCCACAACAAAUCCUGACAUCAGAGUGGAUACUCUGUCUCACCAAUUACAUUAUCCCCAGAGGCCACUUUUUCGUACAAUGACUUCUGACUGUCUUGGAAAACCAGGCUAUCCUCUGGGUCAACAUGGAAUACUGCCAAAGCCUGAAUUCUACAAUGGUCAGAAUUGUAUUGUGGCAGUCAAUGUUCACCUAGGGUACAACCAAGAGGAUUCUUUGGUGAUGAACAAGGCUUCAUUGGAGCGUGGUAUGUUUCGGUCUGAGCACAUCAGAAGUUAUAAGGCUGAGGUUGACAACAAGGAAUCGUUGGAAAAGAGGCGGAAGCCUGACGAUUGUGUAAACUUUGGAAAGAUUCAAAGCAAGAUUGGACGUGUUGACAGCCUCGAUGAUGAUGGUUUCCCUUUCAUUGGUGCAAACCUGCAGAGUGGUGACAUUGUCGUAGGGAGGUGUGCAGAAUCAGGGGCUGAUCACAGUAUCAAACUGAAGCACACUGAAAGGGGCAUGGUUCAGAAAGUUGUGCUCUCUUCUAAUGACGAUGGAAAGAAUUUUGCUGUGGUGUCCCUGCGACAGGUCCGAUCCCCAUGUCUUGGAGACAAAUUCUCAAGCAUGCACGGGCAGAAAGGUGUGUUAGGUUUUUUGGAGUCUCAAGAGAACUUUCCUUUCACAAUACAAGGGAUAGUUCCAGAUAUUGUAAUAAAUCCACAUGCAUUUCCUUCACGACAAACUCCUGGUCAACUCCUAGAGGCUGCUUUAGGGAAGGGAAUAGCCUGUGGUGGAUCAAUGAGAUAUGCCACCCCUUUCUCCACACUCUCUGUUGAUGCCAUCACGGAACAGCUUCACAGGGCUGGAUUUUCAAGAUGGGGAAAUGAGAGAGUAUACAAUGGCCGAACUGGUGAAAUGGUUCGUUCCCUCAUAUUUAUGGGCCCAACAUUCUAUCAGCGUCUGAUCCACAUGUCUGAAGACAAAGUAAAAUUUCGCAACACUGGUCCUGUUCAUCCUCUUACCCGACAACCAGUGGCAGACCGGAAGCGUUUUGGUGGGGUGAAGUUUGGUGAGAUGGAGCGUGACUGCCUUAUAGCCCAUGGUGCCUCAGCAAACUUGCAUGAACGCCUCUUUACACUCAGUGACUCCUCACAGAUGCACAUUUGCCGGAAAUGCAAAAAUGUUGCGAAUGUGAUCCAACGGGCAGUGCCUGGGGGCCGUAAGAUUAGGGGUCCAUAUUGCCGGAUUUGUGAAUCCGUAGAUGACAUUGUUAAGGUUAGUGUACCUUAUGGGGCCAAGUUAUUGUGCCAGGAGCUUUUCAGCAUGGGCAUAAGUCUCAAGUUUGAAACCCGGCCCUGUUAGUGUCGUUUAGAGGGUCAUGACUCAUGCUGGUUGUAGGGCUUCUGGGAAUUUUGAACUGUUUUCAACUACAAGAUGGGUUAUUCUUUUGUUAAUAUUUGGAGUUGUUACUCUGGAAUUUGUGUGUAUCCCUGUUGAUAAUGUUAAUUAAAGAAUUUACCUUGUGGUCU